UGUAGGCUACAAGAAGCAAUUUUAGAAAGUAUUUGGAAAAAUUAGGCUACAUAUUUUGAUUUUUGUCACAUUGCACUUUAAACCGAGACAAAAACUUCUAAGCUGGUCAAAAUAUGCUUUUGGGUUAAUAAAUGGAACACCAUGUGAACAUCAUUUAAAUACAAAUUCGUCCCCCUUUCUGUUGUGCCAAAAUCCAUACCCUUAUUUAAAAAACACAACGCCCCUGCCACACCUCCUCUCAUAUUCCCGUGUAAAGGAGCCUGCAUGUCUUAACCACCAAUCCUAUAAUAACUUGAACUCUCCGUCUCCUUCUGCAGUAUAAUGUUACACCCCUCCUCACCCAAUCACAGCGCUCCCCAAAAUCCUCCUGCGCGCUCCCCAUUAUAAGAGCCCUGGCCCUCCUAGUCUGGCAGACACCUCUCCAUCUCUGUGGAGAGACACCUCUGUCCAGGGUUUCUAUUACCUGUCGUGUUUGUUGACGCUGUAACCAGUUCAGUGGAUAAAGUUCAGAAGUUGUAAGGGCCCCAGAGAUUACAGAAAAGUUUUGAAAGAUACGAUGCGGGAAGAGGAUCCUUUUCAAAUGGACAGUGCAGGGAACAGUGAGGAAGAGACAGACUGUCAGCUGCCGAGGAGAGGCGCAAGGAAGCGGAGGGCGACGCGGAGGAGUCCGGACGACGAGGACGAGGAGGACGACACGGAGAGCCCGAGUCCAGGAAAGAAGAAAUGCAGAAAGAGCUGCGAGGCAGGAGACGGCAGCGCGGGUAGCGGCGGCAGUGAAGGCAGCAGCAGCCCCAUUCCCUCCUUCGACGACCUGCACACACAGCGCGUGAUGGCCAACAUCCGCGAGCGGCAACGGACGCAGUCCCUCAACGAGGCUUUCACGUCGUUACGUAAGAUCAUUCCCACUCUGCCGUCCGACAAACUCAGCAAGAUCCAGACGCUGAAGCUCGCGUCCCGGUAUAUCGACUUUUUGUGCCAAGUUCUGCAGAGCGACGAGCUGGACGCGCGAGGGACCAGCUGCAGCUACGUGGCGCACGAGCGGCUGAGCUAUGCGUUUUCCGUCUGGAGGAUGGGGGGCGCGUGGUCCUUGUCUACCACGACCCACUAGCAGGCUGCUGUGGAUGGAACAGCACGAUUAUUCUGACCAAAUAACCAGUGGAUCCGGCCGAUCCUUCAGACUGAAACAGGACAAUCCCAGAUGAGGUUGUGCUGCUGUGUUUUAGGCCUGGGAGGAGAGCAGGCUGUUCUUCCACUUCCCUCUGCAUGGACUGAAAUGUUUGCUAAGGAGCACUUAGGACAGAGAGGACCGAUAUGAAGGAAGAAAGACCACUGCGACUAUGAAUGUUGUAAAAACAAAGAUGAGCUCUGAGGAACUGCUCUGUUUGGAAACACAAGACAAUCACCUCCUUCCACAUUCCCUGUGACAAUGUCUCACAGCAAAUGAAAUAUUUUCUAUUUAUUUUUCUACACAGGCUCUAAAUUCCAUUUCCCUUCCCUUUCCAAUAAAGCGUAUUUAUUUUGGAAUAUCUCGGAAUGCUGAAUAGAUCUGCAGUCUGCACAUUUUGAGUGUUGUAAAUAUUUGGUAAUAUUUUGAAUUAAAAAUGAAAGUAUCAUUCUAA